AUCUAAUUGCAGCGGUCAAUUAAGUAAAACAUAUCUGUUGAGAAUGGGGCUCCUCCAAUUUCUUGUUGUUCAGCUAUUUCUGGCUUUUAUUGUUACGGCUUUGCCUCCCAAUGCCGGACGGAGUAGUUCAGUAACAACGGUGUCUCUUGUGAAGAAGUUUGGUUAUCCAAUCGAGGAGCAUCAAGUGCAAACAUCCGAUGGAUAUAUUCUGACAAUGCAUCGCAUACCCUACUCUUCAAAAACGGGCAACGUUGGUGGUGAACGUAAGGUUAUGUUCCUUCAGCAUGGUUUGCUCUGCUCCUCGUCGGACUGGGUUCUGAGCGGACCAGAAAAUGGCUUGGCCUUCAUCCUAUCCGAUGCUGGCUAUGAUGUCUGGAUGGGCAAUGCUCGCGGCAACACCUACUCGAAGAAGCAUGCGACCAAGUCGCCACUGUUUCAGCCAUUCUGGAACUUUGAAUGGCACGACAUUGGCAUCUAUGAUCUGCCAGCGAUGAUUGACUACGUUCUAUACAUGACCGGGGAGCAGAAAUUGCAAUAUGUCGGUCACUCGCAGGGCACAACUUCCUUCUUUGUGCUUAACUCGAUGGUCAAGAGAUUUAAGAGUCGCAUUCGUUCGGCCCAUUUGCUGGCUCCGGUUGCCUGGAUGGAGCAUAUGGAGAGUCCGCUCGCUAAGGUAGCAGGACCUUUGCUUGGACAGCCUAAUGCACUUGUGGAACUAUUCGGUAGCGCUGAGUUUAUGCCCAGCACAAAGGCUAUGGAGUUGAUGGGUUCGAUUAUGUGCAGAGACCAAGCCGUCUCUCAAGUUAUCUGCACCAAUUCGCUCUUCCUAAUGGGUGGCUGGGACUCACCAUAUUUGAAUGCAACAAUGAUUCCUGAUAUCAUGGCCACAACGCCAGCGGGCUGCUCCAUCAAUCAGCUCUUCCACUACCUGCAGGAAUACCAAUCCGGCUAUUUCCGCCAGUUCGACUAUGGCAGUAUCAGAAACAAGAAGGAGUAUAAUAACAAGGCACCCCCGAACUAUGACGUUGAGGGAAUGGAUGUACCGAUCUAUCUCUACUACAGCGACAAUGACUACUUCGCCAGUCUGAUUGAUGUGGAUUUGCUGAGGCGAACCAUGAACCCAAGUGCUCUGAAGCGGGCUUAUCGCAUGCCUGAGGCUAAGUGGAAUCACCUAGACUUCCUUUGGGGUCUGAAUAUCAAAGAAAUACUUUACGACACCGUUCUGGACGACAUCAUAAAUGCAGAUUAAUAAUAAUAACCAUAAUAAAUGUAACACGCUAAUUUCAACUAAAAAUGUUUUAUAAGUCUAUUUUUAUCAGUCUUCUGGGUUCCAAUUAAAAAAUUAUAUUUUAGAAAGUA